AUGGCUAAUCAUUAUGAGGUGCCCAAUUGGGCAGGAAAACCACCAACAGGCCUUCAUUUAGAUGUUUUAAAAGGUGACAAGUUGAUACAGAAACUUAUGAUUGAUGAGAAGAAAUGCUACCUCUUUGGAAGAAACCCUCAAAUGAAUGACUUUUGCAUUGACCAUGCAAGUUGUUCAAGGGUUCAUGCAGCUUUUGUAUAUCAUAAAAACUUGAAUAGAGCAUUUUUAGUGGAUUUGGGAAGUACACAUGGCACAUAUAUUGGUAAAAUGCGUCUGGAGCCAAACAAGCCAACACAAUUACCUAUUGACUCAAAUUUUCACUUUGGUGCAUCAACAAGGAAUUAUAUUAUAAGAGAAAGGCCAACUGGUAAUUCUAGAGGUAUCAUGGAGGAAUUGCCCAAUACUGAAACAGAAGGUGCCUUAUUAGGGCUUCCAGAGACACAGACUGAAUUAGAUAACUUAACAGAAUUCAACACAGCACACAACAGAAGGAUCUCUAUGUUGGGAAUCCCGACGAACGAUGAUGCAGAUGUAAUAAAGCCUCCAACUGGUACGAAGCGAGCAUCCACAAUGCCAAGUGGAGCUCCUAAGAAGCAGAAACGGAAUGUGUCAUUCAAUGAAGAGGUGGAUAUAAUAAAUCCAGAAGACAUUGAUCCUUCUGUGGGUCGCUUUAGGAAUCUGGUGCGGUCAACUAUAGUACCCAAUUCCAGUAUACCAUCUAAGAAGAUCAAACUACACAAUCCCGAUGAAAUUCACAUACACCACUCCCUCCGCCUGCAAGAGAUAUCUCGCAGCACCAACUUGUACUCGGAUUUGCCGGCGCCUACGUCGUCGCCAUUCAGCCUUAUUGGAGCCAGGUUCGGUAUAUCAUUACCAAAUCCAGCUCCAGAUGUGGAAAUGGAAGGCCCCGAGCCGCAUCUCAGCGUACAUCCGCCGCUGCCAAAUUCAGCUCCCGAAGAGGCAGCAGCAUCGUCAAACGAGCCCAAAAGGAAGAAAUACGCAAAAGAAGCGUGGCCCGGACGGAAACCGGGACUUAUAUCUGUGUGA